AUGCUGAGCGGAGCGGCUGGGGCUGCGCGGUGUGGCGGAGCAGCACUCGCUCCCUCGCUCACUCGCUCGCUCGCAGGGACACACGCAGGGGCUGACAGCUGUGCUGGUGCUGAUAAGGGAAGCCACAAGGAGACGAUCGAGGAGAGAGACAAGCGGCAGCAGAGGCAGCAGCGGCAGAGGCAGCACCAGGGCUGCGGAGCUGCUGGGAGUGGGAGUGACUCCCCCACCUCGGGCCCCCACCCUGUCCCUGUCCUCCUCCCGCUUGCCCUGAGUUUAGAAGAGCAGCCGCUGCCACCACCGCCACUCGGAGGGCACCCGGGUUGCUGGCCAGGGAGGGACAGGGGCAGGGAGGCUCUGGCCAGUCCCAGCAGGCGGGGACAGAUGCCGAUCGAGAUUGUGUGCAAAAUCAAAUUUGCUGAGGAGGAUGCGAAACCCAAGGAGAAGGAGGCAGGGGAUGAGCAAAGCCUCCUGGGGGCCGCUCAGGGGGCAGCAGCCCCCCGGGACCUGGCUACCUUUGCCAGCACCAGCACGCUGCACGGGUUGGGUCGGGCCUGUGGCCCAGGCCCCCAUGGACUGCGCAGAACCCUGUGGGCACUGGCCUUACUCACCUCGCUGGCUGCCUUCCUGUACCAGGCAGCCGGCCUGGCCCGGGGCUACUUGACCCGGCCUCACCUGGUUGCAAUGGACCCUGCUGCCCCAGCCCCAGUGGCGGGCUUUCCUGCUGUCUCCCUCUGCAACAUCAACCGCUUCCGGCAUUCGGCACUCAGCGAUGCCGACAUCUUCCACCUGGCCAAUCUGACAGGGCUGCCCCCCAAAGACCGGGAUGGGCACCGUGCCGCUGGCCUGCGCUACCCGGAGCCAGACAUGGUAGACAUCCUCAACCGCACUGGCCACCAGCUUGCCGACAUGCUCAAGAGCUGCAACUUCAGUGGGCAUCACUGUUCUGCCAGCAACUUCUCCGUGGUCUAUACUCGCUAUGGGAAGUGUUACACCUUCAACGCGGAUCCGCAGAGCUCGCUGCCCAGUCGGGCAGGGGGCAUGGGCAGCGGCCUGGAGAUCAUGCUGGACAUCCAGCAGGAGGAGUACCUGCCCAUCUGGAGGGAGACAAAUGAGACCUCGUUUGAGGCUGGCAUCCGAGUGCAGAUCCACAGCCAGGAGGAGCCGCCCUACAUUCACCAGCUGGGGUUCGGCGUGUCCCCAGGCUUCCAGACCUUUGUGUCCUGCCAGGAACAGCGGCUGACCUAUCUGCCCCAGCCCUGGGGCAACUGCCGGGCAGAGAGUGAGCUCCGGGAGCCUGAGCUCCAAGGGUACUCGGCCUACAGUGUGUCCGCCUGCCGGCUGCGCUGUGAGAAGGAAGCUGUGCUUCAGCGCUGCCACUGCCGGAUGGUGCACAUGCCAGGCAAUGAGACCAUCUGCCCGCCGAAUAUCUACAUCGAGUGUGCCGACCAUACUCUGGACUCCCUGGGUGGAGGCUCCGAGGGCCCAUGUUUCUGCCCUACUCCCUGCAACCUGACCCGUUAUGGGAAAGAAAUCUCCAUGGUCAGGAUCCCCAACAGGGGUUCAGCCCGGUACCUGGCGAGGAAGUACAACCGCAACGAGACCUACAUACGGGAGAACUUCCUGGUCCUAGAUGUCUUUUUCGAGGCCCUGACCUCCGAAGCUGUGGAGCAACGAGCAGUCUAUGGGCUGUCAGCCCUACUGGGAGACCUCGGGGGACAGAUGGGCCUGUUCAUUGGGGCCAGCAUCCUCACGCUGCUGGAGAUCCUCGACUACGUCUAUGAGGUGUCCUGGGACCGACUGAAGCGGGUGUGGCGGCGUCCCAAGACCCCUCUGCGGACCUCCGCCGGGGGCAUUUCCACUUUGGGGUUGCAGGAGCUGAAGGAGCAGAGUCCCUGCCCAAGCCGGGGCCGUGCUGAGGGUGGGGGGGCCAGCAGCCUGCUCCCCAACCACCACCACCCCCACGGUCCCCCAGGAGGCCUCUUCGAAGACUUCGCUUGCUAGAAUGGUGCUGUGUCUGAAGGACCCAGGGUCUGGGACCCUCCCCAGCUCCCCAGCAUACUCUCCUGUCCCCUGGGGCAGAAGGCCUGGGGGCCAGCCCAGAGCUGAAGGGAGGGUGGUGCUCACUGGGAGGGCCGGGACUCAGUUCCUGCUCUCUCCUGACCCUGGCGUCAGCUGCUUUGCACAAGGGUCCUUCUUAUCCACACUCCCUGCCCUCCAGGCUGGUGCCCAGGGAGGGCGGGCGACCAGACCAUGGGCCCCUGCGGCGGGAAGGGAGGAAAGGAGAAGGAGGAUGGCACCACCCCAGCAGGGGUGGAACCCUCUGUACAUUUGUAUAUAUGUAGGGCAGACAGGGUGGGGGCGGGGUGCAGAUGUAGAAGGCGGGUGGGGUUACAGGGGUGGGCAAUUCAGGGACAAUUGGGGCCCAGCCCAAGUGUCAGCAGGGGCAGGUGAGCCCCAGGACUCGGGAGUGCCUGGCUGGUCCUACUUCCUGCCCCUCUCCAGGCCCAGCUCCCCUCUUGGCAGGGGGAGCGGGUGGCCCAGCAGGCCUGGCCCAGCUCCCAGUUCCCCCCACCCCAACCCCAGCCGCAUCCCCUCUGCAGGGGUGGGCAGACCUUUUAGACCUUGGCUGAGCCUGGGAGUGGGAAGGGAGCCUUCGUGGGCCUCUCCCUCUGCAGUCUGGUUUUAUAAAGUGCUGACGAGAUCGGGAAUAA